GCUGCAGCUGCUGCCGCCGCCGCCAUCAUGGAGGACAAGAUGUUCACGAAGGAGCUGGACCAGUGGGUGGAGCAGCUAAACGAGUGCAAGCAGCUGAACGAAAAUCAAGUGCGCACGCUCUGCGAGAAGGCUAAGGAAAUACUCACAAAAGAAUCCAACGUUCAAGAGGUUCGUUGUCCUGUCACUGUCUGCGGUGAUGUCCAUGGCCAAUUUCAUGAUCUGAUGGAACUCUUUAGAAUUGGAGGAAAAUCGCCGGACACAAACUAUCUUUUUAUGGGUGAUUAUGUGGACAGAGGCUAUUACUCAGUGGAGACUGUGACUCUUCUUGUAUCAUUAAAGGUGCGAUAUCCAGAGCGGAUCACAAUACUGAGGGGAAACCAUGAGAGCCGACAAAUUACACAAGUGUAUGGCUUUUAUGAUGAAUGCCUGAGGAAGUAUGGCAAUGCCAAUGUUUGGAAAUACUUUACUGAUCUGUUUGAUUAUCUCCCACUCACAGCUUUAGUAGAUGGACAGAUAUUUUGCCUCCAUGGUGGCCUUUCUCCAUCCAUCGAUACACUGGAUCAUAUCCGAGCCCUAGAUCGUCUGCAAGAAGUUCCACAUGAGGGCCCAAUGUGUGACCUGUUAUGGUCUGAUCCCGAUGAUCGUGGUGGAUGGGGCAUUUCUCCACGAGGGGCUGGCUACACAUUUGGACAGGACAUUUCUGAAACAUUUAACCAUGCCAAUGGCCUCACACUGGUUUCCCGUGCUCACCAACUUGUGAUGGAGGGAUACAAUUGGUGUCAUGAUCGGAACGUGGUUACUAUUUUCAGUGCACCCAAUUACUGCUACCGUUGUGGGAACCAGGCUGCUAUUAUGGAACUAGAUGACACUUUAAAAUAUUCUUUCCUGCAGUUUGAUCCUGCACCCCGUCGUGGAGAGCCCCAUGUAACACGACGCACCCCAGACUACUUCCUAUAAACAGCUUUGGGGAAAACCUAUGAAAAAUACCUGGAAGUAUACCUGGCAUCUUUUUUACAAAGCGAUGAGAAUAGACAUGUUUAUGUAACAAAUUGGGAUCUGUAUCUGCAUCAGUGCCCAUCAUGGACCAAACUGUGCCGUAGUGCGCUCAGCACUGAGCAAGCCCACUGAGGCUGAAACCCACCCCCCCAACCCUGUCUUAGGUCGGUCAGUCAGUCAGCCUGCCUGCUGUAUUUGGAGUCCCUGUUUUCUUCUGGACUGUUCAAACAGAAAAGGUAACUAAUACCUCCAUCUCCUUUUGCGCUUAUUAAUAUGUAAAUUUUAGUUUUAGUGUUUAACUGGCAUGGAUUAUAGAAUUUGGAGUUUAUUUUUAAAGAAAAUGCACAAACUAACUUUAACAUAAGUCAUCACCCUUUAUUUUAUUAAAAUGUAUGAUUAACUUAACUGGAGAAAGGCGAAGAUUCCCCUUGGGAGUACGUUGUCAUAACAUUUAGAGAGAUUUCCCUUCAUUUAAGCUAAAUGACUGUUCUGUGUUGGUCUCCCUUUUUUUCUGUAUAUUUGUCACAGAAGUACUUGCAUCUUCUUGGGUGUAUUGGAACAAUAAACUUUGAGUUGUAAACCA